UGCUGUAUUUGGAAUAUUAUGUUCUGUUUUAAUUAUGAUCCUUGUUCAUUCAAAUACACUUAGUCCAUUUUUAAAUUAAAAAAACCUUUGAACUCAUGCUAAUUCCCUCUAUAAAAUGACCACCAUGAAGCUGUGAAAAUCACAUCCUCUUGCUUGUUCUGAUAACCACAUCCUCUUGCUUCUUCUUUUACUUUACACCGUUCUUGUUUGUUCUUGCUCUUGUUUUCUCUUCUUCAACUUAACUUUAAAGAUGGCGUUUUUCCAGCUGAUUUCAUGUUUCUUUUUAUGCUUUUUCAACUUUCUGGCCGUUGUUGAUUCCACCCAUUUUAAUGCAACAGUAGCAUUAGAUGGAACGGGAAACUUCAAAAGCAUUACUGAUGCAAUUGCAGCCGCUCCAAACAACUCCAAUACACGAUUUUACAUUCGUGUAUCUUCCGGCAUUUACCACGAACAUCUUGAAAUUGCAUCAGCCAAGAAGUUCAUUGCUUUGAUUGGCGAGAAUGAGUUUACAACCAUUAUCGUCGACAAUAGAAGUAAUGCCGGUGGAUUCAGAACCUCUGAAUCCGCAACCAUGGUGGUCAAAGGUAACAACUUUAUGGCCCAACAUUUGAGUUUCGAGAAUUCUGCAGACCAUCAAGACGGCCAAGCAGUUGCUGUUCUUGACGAUGCCAAAUACACGGUUUAUUACAAAUGCAGAUUCCUGAGUUUUCAAGACACCCUAUAUUCGAAGGGAGAAUAUCAAUUCUUUAAGGGGUGCGACAUCUAUGGAACGGUGGAUUUUAUUUUUGGCAAUGGACUUGCUAUGUUCCAAGACUGUAACGUAUAUGCUCGGUUACCGAGCAAUGACUCUACAGUCACUGCACAGUCCAAGAAACAAUGGACCCAAAGUGGCUUCUCCUUUCAGAACUGUACAGUCACAGUUUCUCCGGAGAUAGCUUCCUGUAAGGCCUUAGUUAAAAUCUAUCUUGGUCGGCCAUGGAAACCAUAUUCAACAGUUGUGUUCAUGGAGUCAUUUUUGGAUGACAACGUGCAACCACAGGGAUGGAUGUUGUGGCCAGGGGUACCAGUAAACAACCUCUUUUAUGCCGAGUACAACAAUAGAGGUCCUGGUGCUAACACAACACACCGAGUUAAUUGGCCAGGUUUUCAUGUAAUCGAUAGACAAUUAGCUAAAAGUUGUACGGUAGAAAACUUUAUUAAUGGGACUUAUUGGUUGCCCGAAACAAAUGUACCCUAUACAAGUGGACUUUAUUCUUAAUGAAAUUGCCUCAUCAACAUUGAUAAA